CGUUGCGAACGGACGUCCACGUCGCGCCGCUUAACCUAAAAGAGAACCAAACCGCAGAGAAGUGAAAAGAAAGAGAGAUUCGAUUCGAUUCGUGAUCGCUGAGACGAGAAUAAAAGUGAAGAACACAAAAAAAAGAGUGCAAGAAAAUUAAGAACUAAAUCCACAACAAAAUGGUCUUGAACGGAAUGCCCAUGGCCAUGCCCAUUCCUAUGCCUGUGCCAGUGCCAGUGGCCAGUCCGCCGGCCACCAAAUCCCGUGUCCAGAUCGACUGGGACAUCAACGAUUCGAAGAUGCCGACGGUGGCCGAGUUUGACGAAUUCAACGACUGGGCGAAUGGCCACUGUCGCCUCAUCUACGGCCUGCAGAGCGACGAGGCAAGGAAGCACGCCAGCGGCUGGGCCAUGCGCAACACCAACAACCACAACGUGAACAUCCUGAAGAAGAGCUGCCUCGGGGUGCUCCUCUGCAGCGCCAAGUGCAAGCUCCCGAACGGAGCCAGUGUCCACCUGCGGCCCGCCAUCUGCGACAAGGCGCGUCGCAAGCAGCAGGGCAAACAGUGCCCCAAUAGAAACUGCAAUGGAAGACUGGAGAUCCAGGCCUGCCGCGGCCACUGCGGCUACCCCGUCACGCACUUUUGGCGGCGGGACGGCACCGGAAUAUACUUCCAGGCGAAGGGCACCCACGACCAUCCGCGGCCUGAGGCCAAGGGUUCCACGGAGGCGCGUCGCCUGCUCGCCGGCGGCAGACGCGUCCGCAGCCUGGCCGUGAUGCUGGCCCGAGACGCGGCCCUCAGCGACAAGCUCUGCAGCCUGCGGCCCAGCAAGCGACAGGCCAACCCACAGCUCCUGCAGGAGGCAGGCAGCAAGCGGAAGAGGAUAGAGAUUCCGCAGCAGCCCAGUCAGGGAGAGUUCCAGGGAGCCGCAGCCUCCACUGCAGCCUAUCUGUCCACAUCCACACCCAUUCCCUCGUCGAACUUCAAUGCCCAGCAGAGCGGCUAUCCAGCGGCAAAUGGAAGCCAAUGGAGUGGAGCAGAUCUGUACUCCGCCUACGGACAGCAAGAGGGAGGAGCAGGCGCCUACGACAAUGGGAUGUACAGCGAUUACAGCAUGCUGCACUCCCCGCUCUCCUCACACAGCUCCACCGCCAGCUACUACCAGGAGAACCUACAGCAGCCACAGCAACAGCAGCUGCAUCUUCCCUCCGUCCAGGAGACGAUGAAUGCCAGCUACGAGCCACCGAUGCCCGCCAGCUAUCCGUGUGGCAUGCCUCUGUACGAGAGCUGCGACGACACCUCCAGCCUCACGAGCAGCAGCAGUUCCGGCUACAGCUCCGAGGAUUACAGCUACUUGAAUGGGUAUCAUCUGCCUGGAUCGGGAUCUGGAUCUGGAUCUCUGGACGUCAGCGGAGGAGGAGGAGCAGGCGGGCCAGCUGCCCAGGAUAGUUUCUACACGACCAGCUCCGAGAUCUUCAGUGUCUUCGAGUCCACGUUGAAUGGUGUGGGGGGUGGCCCCUCUGCCGUGGAGCUGUUCUACGACGAGGCAGCCGCCUACCAGCAGUCGAGCUACCAGCAGCAACAGCAGGACGCUGCAGCGGACUACUACUACAGCAACACGGGAGUGGACAACGUGUGGAAUAUCCAGAUGGACGGCGCGAGUGCGUAUCAUCCGAGCACAGGAGGAGCGGGAGCAGCGCCAACGGAUCCCGUCUAUUGCUAGAGAAAAUUCCCGAUCCAUUCCCGAUCUCUCCCACUGGAUCCACCCCACUCAAGUGUUGUUCUUCUAGUCUGUAAUUGAUUUCUAUCCACCAUUCCCCCCCAUACACACACGAGUUUUGUAUAUGGUUCUGUUUGUUGGUUCUUUUAUUAUAUGAAGAUUGAAUGUUUUCUUAGUCACUUGUUUCCUCCCCCAGAGCUACUCCAAAGUUAAAGCCUAAGUAUCUGCAUCUCUAAGUACAUUCCGUGCAUAAGUAUCUCGUAGAUAUAUGUAUAUGUAUUAUCCUAGGACAUUAAGGAUAUUAAGCGAAAUCGCCCACCUAUUUAUUGUACUCUCGUAUGAGCCUUUUGCGUAGUA